AUGUUUCACAGGCUUUACUCAGAUCCUGUAUACAUUGAAAGAGGAAAGCUUUUAAAUGAAAUGAAGAAAAGUGGAAGGUUAGAACAGAGCCAUGGUUAUAAUCCAAAUUUCUUAGAAGAAGCUGCUAAGAAGGAUGGGUUUGAUAAAGAGAAGGCACAAAAACAGCUUGAGCAAUUUUUUAGCGAUGUGUUUGUCGAACUUUCCUUGAAAUACGGGAAAAUUCAAGACAUGGGGGUUGCAGGAAAUCUAAACAAAUAUUUGAAUGGGAACGUUUACGUGGAAUUUGAAAAUGAAAGUUCUGCAAGCAUCUGCUUUUUAAAGACUAACAAACGUUGGUACAACGGCAAACCAAUAAUAUGUGAAUUAUCUCCAGUCGUGAACUUAGAUGCUGCAUGUUGCCAAUCGUAUGAGACUAGCAGUAAGUGUGAUAGGGAUAGUUCAUGUGGCUAUGCUCAUUUUCUCAAAAUUGAUCCAAAGCUUGAGAAGACCCUUUAUGCUAGUCAAUGGAAAUAUUACCAUUCCAAGCAUCUAGAUGAUUAA